GUAAGUUUUAUCCAUUUAAUUUUCGAUGCGAUUUCCGUUUAUAUAUUUUCGAGAAAAAAUAAACCUAACCUAGUGUCAAAUAAGCAAACACAAUCAGUUUUAUCUUUCAUUUCAAAGUUCCUUCUCGCUUUGUUCUCCGAAAUUUCUAGGGUUGCGUUGCUUCUUGUCUCGGUGAAUCAACAAUUCGGAACCUGUUAACCAUUAGCGAUGUUUAAAUUCUGGGGAUCACAAGAUCAACAAUCGCAGGGGGGUUCAUCACAGUCGUGGUAUCCACCAUCUGUUAUGAACUCGUCGAGUUCUUCAAGGCCUGCUACACCUGCUUCCUCGUCUGGUUCGCCAAGGCCUUCUUCGCAUAUUCCACCGGCAGAAGCAGCUGGAACUAUUGCUUCUUUGAAGGAUAAAAGUGUUGAUGAGUUAAGAAAGCUUUUAUCUGAUAAAGAUGCUUAUCAACAGUUUCUACAGUCACUUGACCAGGUCAAGAUUCAAAACAAUCUGAAAGAUGAGCUUAGCAAGGAGAAUUUGCAGCUUGCAGAGGAGAAUCUACAAAAGGAACCUCGUAUCAUGGAACUUAGGAAUCAGUGUAGAAUUAUUCGAACAACUGAGUUAGCUACUGCCAGUGAGAAACUAAAUGAGCUCGAGAAGCAGAAAGAAGAAAUGCUAAAGUUGAAUUCCCCUGCAUCCCUUCUCCAAAGGAUUCAAGAGUCUGUGAACCAGACAGAUGAGGAGUCUGAAAACCUGCACCAGCAACUCCUUGACAAAGAGAUUGAUCUUGCAGCUUUUUUGCAGAAAUACAAGAAGCUACGCACCACCUACCACAAGAGAACUCUUAUACAUCUUGCUGCUAAAACAUCAAAUAUAUGAGCCUUGACAUAUGAAAUAUGAAAAUAAUGAAUUAAACCAAUUAUAUAAGUUGUACUUGUGUGGAUAGAGCUUUGAUGAAUGAGAAACGUUUAUAUGUACAGCUUGAAAAUGGAGAUUGUUCUCUGUAGUGUGACUUGUAUUCAUAAGUCUGGUUUCACUAUGGAGUAUUUAUGUUAUGGCCCUAUAUUUUGAAGAGGUACGAACUUAUAAGUACAUUCUUUUAGCUUCAA